AUGAAAACUUUUAACCGCCCAAAUUUUGUAGUGUUUGCCUUGUUGUUGGCCGUUAUUUUGGUUUCAACUUGUGUUUUGGAAAUUUACGGAAAAAAACAAUCACAACUGGCUCAUACCUUUGAUACUCAAUUUGAAAAGAUUUUAAAGUCGGAUUUGAGUGGUCUUUCCUAUGCCGAACAACAAAAAGCUCUCCAAGAGCAAAUGAAAUCAAUUAGCAAACUUACUAAAAAUCAAUCUGAUUUGAAAGUUGCUUGGCAAUCAUUGGAUUCUGUGGAGGCUAAAAUUAAAAAGGAAUAUAUGGAAAAUAACAAGAAGGUUAUUGUUGCUCAUGCAAAGGUUUCAAAGGCUUGCAAACUUGUUCAAUAUUAUAAGAAUUUGUUGAAGAAAUUGCAAAUUGAAAUUGUCAAGAUUAAACUUACCAUCAAGAAGACUAAAUUGACUAAAUCAUAUCUCAAACUCAUCAAAAAGUACAAACUUGAAAUGAAGAAGGCUUAUGAAAUUUACAUUUCCAUUGUUAAGGUAUACAGAGAAAUCUAUAAGGAAUACCUUAUUUCCAAGAAGGAAAUGUCCAAGCAAAUUUCUACCAUCAAGAUGCAAUUGAAGAUAAUCAAGAUUAUGAAGCAAAAAUUGUACUCUACUCAAAGUUUGGAAAUUGAAAUUACCAAGUUGGUUGAAGAUUGGGAACACAUCAUUCAUGAAGAAGAAAUUGAAUACAUCCAUGAAAAGGAAAAGUGUCAUUGUCCAGUUGAGUAUAGGCCAGUUUGUGGUGUUAAUGGUCUCACUUAUGGAAGUGCUUGUACUGCAAGAUGUGCUGAUGUUUCUAUUCACUAUUAUGGGGUAUGUAAAUGUAUUCCACAAGAAGUUAUUGUCGUUAAGGAAUCUUCCUUGACCUCAGCUAUUUCUUCAAGUCAAUAA